AUGGCUUCUCGCUAUGGAGCUCUCGGCGCAACUUUCCAGAUCGCCCGCCUAUUCCAAUGCUGCUCUCUCAUCGCUAUCAUUGGGAUGAUAGCAAAGUUCAUUGCGGUUAUAGUAGGACAAGGCGACACACCACCCAACAUUCUAAUUGGGGCAAUCAGCGUGACCUGCAUUGCCGUUAUCUACUGCAUAAUCUCCCAACUACUCUUCCUAGACGACAUCCUCCCAUUCCUUCCAUCGGCCGGCCUAGACUUCCUCAUUCUAAUCGGCAUGAUCGUCGUCGCUGUCAUUAUGGGAGAACCACUCUCAUACCUAAGCUGUUCAUCGCUAUCCGAUCUAGGCGAUUCAGAUGCAGCUGCGUAUGCGUUUUCAGAGCAUUUGGAUGGUUAUCUGGAUAGUUUGACCGGGAAGAUCGAUUACGAGGCGUGGAUUGGGGCUUCGAAGGCGAUUUGUUUGGAGACCAAGGCUGUUUGGGGGUUGAGUAUUGCUAUGUGUAUUUUGUUUUUCUUUUCGAGCAUCUGUGGUGUUAUUCUGUGGAGACAGAAGAAGGUUCUUGCGAACAGCGAGGAGAAGUAA